AUGCCGUUCUUUCCAGAAGUUUCAAUUUUCUCUCGAUCAAAGCAAGAAUGGAGUCAACUUUUGUAUGAUGAUAGGGAAAUGUGUUCCAAACCAGGACCUCUCGGAUACAGUAUCAGCUUAACAACCGCACAUAUGAUUGCUGCACCUAUUUAUGCUGUUGCAUUUUAUACUUUGUAUUCUGAAAAGUCGUCAAAUUUUAAAAUGUAUAAAAGGUAUUUGGCUACACAUGCUGUCAGCAAUGUGAUAUUUGAAUUUCACCUGUCUGUAGUCAUGAAGCCAGUUCUAUAUCUUCCAUAUCCAGUGAUCAGGUUUACUGGCAUUUAUAAUUUGAAAUAUGUGAAUGGAGGAUUCACUUUAUUUGUAUUCCUUCUCAUUAUUGUUGUUACAUGUUGGUCAAUUGUGGAAUUAUUUCAUUAUCGAUUCAAAUUGAUUGUGGAUAGUAGUUUAAGUUCAGAAGGGGUCAAAAGAGCAUCAAAAUUAGCAGCUGUCAAUUGGUGGAUUCUGAUAUUUGGGACGAUAGCUACAGUGUCUUCAUUGGCUUUGAGUGUAGUUGGGCUAUUCGAUCAGACAAGUCAUAAAAUAAAAUUUCCGAUUCUGGAUGUGUACCCAGAAAUUCUCUGUAUGUCCGCACUCACUCUCCCAAAGACAUCAGAAACUGGUCUCAAACCAAUUCAUCUUUUUAAUGGUUCUGCAUUAUUUUCUGUAAUUAUUGGAUCAUUUUUAUGUAGUUUUAUGGGUGGGACCUCUUUAUUUGCACUUCGAGAAAUGGUUAUGCAAACUAGAGCUUCAUUAAGAACCAUUGCGAUGCAUAAAUCUUUUCUGAUCAGUCUGUUUUGCCAAAUUAGUGUUCAUGGAAUAAUGUUGGGUUUCCCUAUCUUCAUUUAUGCAAUAUCUGUGAUUUUUAAUGUUGAUGGAAAUGGAUUCGGUUAUGUGGCACUUGUAAUUGCAUCUCUCCAUGGCACUAUGAGUACACUUGCGAUGAUUUUUCUCAAUAGACCGUUAUAUGAAGUAUUCCUAACAAAAAUUUGGAGAAUUUGCUCUGCAAACAAUGUUUUUCUACGGGACCAAUCUUCAUUUAUUUCAAUGGGUGCCGCUUCUCGCUCUCGAUUCUAA